CAGGUAAAGGGAGGGAAGGAAAGGAAUACUUGCAGAGCCAGCAGGGAGCUGGGCAGCUCUUUCUCAGAAGCUGGGGACCCUCCACGUCUCUCCAGGUUGAAAGUCCCCGAAGGGGCUAAAGCCCAUGAGGCCAGCUGCCCUGGAGCGUUCCAGUUCUACCAACCCGUCCUAAGGCCAGAGGACAGAGCUUCUGACAGAGCUCUCCUGCUGCCUCCGCCGUGACAUGACCUCCGGUAGACGCCAGAACUGAGGCCCCAGGAUGACAGAACCCGAGACCCUGAAGCUGCUGGAAGUGAAGAGUCCCGAGGCCCCGGAGAAGUGCCCACCCGAGGCCUUGGUCCCCAAUGGCAGGCAGCCCGAAGGGGAAGGUGGGGUGCAGUCCCCUGGUGCUGAGUCCUCGAGAGUGGAGUCUUCAGCUGGGUCUCCCGCAGCUGAAGAGGGGACUGGAGACGGUCUAGACAGCACAGUAAGCGAGGCGGCCACCCUGCCCUGGGGGACUGGCCCCCCGCCCAGUGCCCUGUUCCCCGAUCCCCCUGGUUGGCGGGACAUUGAGCCCGAGCCCCUCGAGUUGGAGCCACUCAGCAAACUAGAGGAGUUGCCUGAAGAUGAUGCCAACCUGCUGCCUGAGAAGGCAGCCCGGGCCUUCGUGCCCAUCGACCUGCAGUGCAUUGAGCGGCGGCCCCAGGAGGACCUUGCGGUGCGCUGUGAGGCGGGCGAGGGCGAGCCCUGUGAGCGCAAGUGGGCUGAGGCCGUGGCUAGGCCGCCUGGCCACCCCUGUGGGAGCUGCGGGAGCUGCGAGGGCCAUGAGGGCCUGAAGGCCGUGGCCUCCGUGGGAGCAGCUCUCCUCCUCUUCCCCUGCCUGCUGUAUGGCGCCUACACCUUCCUGCCCUUCGAUGCCCCCCGGCUGCCCACCAUGAGUUCCCGCCUUGUCUACACACUGCGCUGCGGCGUCUUCGCCACCUUCCCCAUCGUCCUGGGGCUCCUGGUGUACGGGCUGAGCCUGCUGUGCUUCUCCUCCCUGCGACCCUUCGAGGAGCCUCGGCGGGAGGUGGAGAUCCACCGGCAGUACGUGGCCCAGUCGGUCCAGCUCUUCAUCCUCUACUUCUUCAACCUGGCCGUGCUGUCCACCUACCUGCCCCAGGACACCCUCAAGCUGCUCCCUCUGCUCACCGGCCUCUUCGCCGUCUCCCGGCUGAUAUACUGGCUGACCUUUGCCAUCGGCCGCUCCUUCCGUGGCUUUGGCUACGGCCUGACAUUCCUGCCCCUGCUGUCCAUGCUGGUGUGGAACCUCUACUACAUGUUCGUGGUGGAGCCUGAGCGCAUGUUCACUGCCACUGAGAGCCGCCUGGACUACCCCGACUAUGCCCGCUCGGACUACAGGCCCCGCCCCUGGGGCUGAAACAGUUCUGACCUCUUGCCCCAGCCUGGGUACCUUGGUGAGAUGAAUCCCGCUCUGACCCGACAGGGUCCCCUCCAAUCAGGGCUUGGAUUGACUGACCCCCGCCCCUUCAGCUCUCCCCGUGUCUGGGCUGGCCUUCACCUUCGAAGCCCAGGAUAGGCAUGGGGGAGGGAGGUAGACCAGAUGUUUUCUUGCAGGGAGAGGUGGACAGUUAUGUUCCUUAAGGAUGCUGAGGGAACAGGGCCAAGACCAGGGCAGCCUCCCUGAGUGGCCUACCUCCCUCCACUGCCACUAGCGCCCACCACUGCUGAACUCGUCCACUCUCUGGCCGCCUGUGAGGUGGUGGGCAGAGCCAUAGCCAAAACGCUGACCACUUCUGUGCCAGCUGUCUAAGCACAAGGCCUCAAGGAGACUGGAAAUACUGCUCUUGCCUAGAGAUAAAGGCUGGGCAUCGGAUCAAAUGGGACUUGGGUAAAACCAUCCUGGGGCCUGUGUUGAGAACCCUCCAUGACUGGCCCUCACAAGCCCUUUAGACUCAGUCAAGACUAUUACAGCUGCCCCAGCACAGAGCUGCUGCCUCCUGUCUUCCGACCAAUUAGGCCCCUGUAACUUCCCACUUCCAAACUGCUCAGAAGAGAGGAGCACACAGGGAAGCCUGCCUCCCAUGAGAUGUGUGUGUGUGUGUGUGUGUGUGUGUGUGUCCAUCCAUGUCCAUGCAUGUGGUGGCUUGGGCGUGGUUGGAAGGCACAAUGGCUGGUGUUAACCCCAUGUGAAUGUGUAUGUGUGUGUGUGUGUG